UACAAACCAGAAUGCCACCAAAUAAAAUCAUGAACAAAAUUAUGAGAAGAAAAUAACACAUGAAUGCAUAGUGUGUCUCUCCUUGAUCCCCUUUACGAGGAAGAUCAUGAAGAUGUUUGGAAUAAAGUCUUUUGGUCGUAAAAAUGAUAAACAAAAACAAACCAAAGAUGAUUCUAGCAGCCAAUACAGUCUUACCGGAUUCAUUCCAUCUCUCGGUGCCGCCACCAUGUAUGGCAGCAAGAGACAAGAGCUCCGGCGUUACAUCAUCUCCCCAAGCAACCGUUAUUAUAGACAAUGGUGCAAAUUUUUGAUGAUAUGGGUUGUCUACACUGCAUGGGUGUGUCCUUUUGAAUUUGGGUUUCUUGAGAAAUCAAGGGGUGCACUAGCUUAUGCAGACAGCAUUGUGAAUGGAUUUUUUUUCAUUGACAUUGUUCUCACCUUCUUUGUUGCCUACGUUGACAAGACUACUUUUCUACUCGUCGACGAUCGAUGGAAAAUUGCUUCGAGAUAUUUGAAAUCUUGGUUCAUCCUUGAUGUGUUCUCUAUCAUUCCUUUUGAAGGUUCUAUGUUUUUGUUGCCAGAUUCACUCGAGAUGUAUGGCUACUUCAAUAUUUUUCGCCUUUGGCGCCUUCGUAGAGCUAGUGCCAUGUUUUCAAGGUUAGAAAAGGAUAGGAAUUAUAACUACUUUUUGGUGCGCUGUUUAAAACUGUUAUGUGUAUCACUAUUUGAGGUGCAUUGUGCUGCCUGUUUUUUCUAUUUUCUGGCUACAGUACGCAACGAUAAGAAAGCUUCAUGGCUAUCACUUGUCUAUGAUGCAGACCACCUAACACUAUGGGAUGGAUAUGUAGCAUCAAUAUAUUGGUCCAUAUGUACACUUUCAACAGUUGGUUAUGGAGAUUUGCAUCCUGUAAACACAGAUGAAAUGAUAUUUGACAUUUUUUAUAUGCUAUUCAAUUUUGGACUUCAUGCAUAUCUUAUAGGAAACAUGACCAAUUUGGUUGUGCAUUGGACAAAUAGAACAGAGAGCUAUAGGGAUACUGUCCAAGCUGCAUCAAAUUUUUCUCGUAGGAAUCGGUUACCUAAACGGUUACAAGAGCAGAUAUUUGCUCAUUUUCAUAUGAAGUACAAAACAAAUUUAGAAGGAUUAGAGCAACAAGAGAUAAUGGAUUCCCUUCCAAAAGCCAUUAAGUCGAGCAUUGCACACUACCGAUUCUUUGAACGCAUCCAAGACGUAUACUUGUUUCAUGGUGUGUCAAACGACUUACGAUUUCAACUGGUGACGGAGUUGAAGGCUGAGUUUUUUCCUCCAAAGGAAGAUGUAGUCUUGCAGAAUGAAUCACCAACAGACUUUUAUAUAAUGGUUGUUGGAGCUGCAGAUCUUAUCCUUAAUGAGAAUGGAAAAGAAAAGUCUUUUAAAGAGGCAACGUCAGGAGAUGUUUUUGGAGAAAUAGGAGUGUUAUGUUAUAGGCCACAACCUUAUACAGUUCGGACCAAACGAUUAAGCCAGAUCUUGCGUUUAAGUAGAUCAACAUUUCUAACCCUUGUUCAUAACAAUGUUGAAGACGGAACAAUAAUAAUGAACAAUUUUCUUCAGCAUGUGCAAAAUUUAAAGUAUCCGAUGAUUGCUAGUGUUCAAACUGAAAUAGAAUCAAUGUUGUCAAAAGGAAAAAUGGAUUUGCCUAUAAGUUUAAUAUAUGCAGCUAACAAACCUGAUGACAUGUUGUUGCAUCAAUUGCUGAAGAAAGGUUCAGAUCCAAAUGAAAUAGAUAAUAAAACUGGAAGGACAGCACUGCAUAUUGCAGCUUCUAAAGGUAAUAACCAUUGUGCGGUUUUGCUUCUUGAAUUCGGAGCUGAUCCCAACAUACAAGAUUUUGAAGGAGAUAUACCACUAUGGGAAGCAAUUAAGGGAGGGCAUGAAUCAAUGAUAAAACUACUUAUGGACAAUGGUGCAGAUAUAUCUUCUGCUAAUAUAGCUAGUUUAGCAUGCUUUGCUGUGGAGAAAAAUAACAUUCAAUUCCUGAAAGAUAUUGUAAAAUAUGGUGGUGAUAUUGUGACAAAGUCCACAAAUGAUGGAACCACUGCACUUCAUACUGCUGUGUGUCAUGGAAAUGUAGAAAUAGUGAAGUUUCUUGUAGAACAAGGAGCAGAUAUUGAUAAGCCAGAUGGCUUUGGUUGGAGUUCAAGAGCUUAUGCAAAUCAAGAAUGCCAUGAAGAAAUACAAAAUAUGUUUAAAGAAAUUGAACAAGAUAACACAAUUCCUUAUGAUAUUUCAUCAACGCGAAAAAAUAAUGGAAGGCUAUUUAUUGAAACGGAUCAAAGUGAACCUUCUAUGCUAGCUAGUCCUCGAGGUGGUAUGUUUCCACCUAAUCAAGAACCUUCUAUGCUAGCUAGUCCUCGAGGUGGUAUGUUUCCACCUAAUCAAGAGUUAACAUGGUUGGAUAGUCCUCAGAGAAGGAAGGUUAGCCUCCCUUAUGAUAUUCCAUCAAGGCCAAAAACUAAUGGAGGGCCAUUUAUUGGAAUCCCUCAAAGUGAACCUUCUAUACAAGCUAGUCCUCAGAGAAGAAAGGUUAGCCCUUUUAGAAAUUCCUUUUUUGGAAUGAUUGCAGCUGCUAAUCGAGAUAAAGUGGGUUCCCCCUCAUCUCAAAGCAGUACUGCACCAAUUAGAGUAAUGCUUAGUUGUCAAGAAAAAAGUGAACAUCCUAAAAGGCUUGUUUUUCUACCAAAGUCCCUUCAAGAGUUGCUAGAUGUUGGUGCUAAAAAGUUUGACUUUUCUCCCACCAAAAUCUUGACUGAAGAUGGAGCUGAAGUUGAAGAAAUAAACUUGAUAAGAGAGGGUGAUCAUCUUAUUCUUGCUUGA